CAAUAAUUUGUCGGCAGCCGCCCAGAAUGCAAUUCGCGUCACUCAACCGUCCGCAUCGAACAAACCACCAACCGAGCUUCUCUGGCCAACGCCCGCGCCGCAACACCACUACGCCUAGCUUCCGUUCGCCCAUUGCCGUCCUAGCAUUCCUCUUGCCCUUGUGCUAUCCUCUUCUUGCUGUGCCGUGACCUCGACCGGGGAAACUGCUUGUUUUUCUGCAAGGAGGCAGACGCGUUCUGACCUGCGCAAGCUCGCCGUUACGUUGCCCCGCAAGUACCACAGUAGCCGCUGCUGCCCACACGCCUAGCGCUACCCUUGCCUCUCAACAUUGAAGUCCCUCGACCUAUCCAGACGGCAACAAGAUCUUUCCGGAUGGCUGCCCUCGCCCUCUAGCACCGACAAACCAACUGGCCCGUCCCUGUCACCACUUGUGAUCUGCCAGUCCCCUCAUAUCGGCGGUCACAUCUGGUGCCGCCACGAUGGGCAUCUCCGGCCUGCUUCCCUUGCUCAAGUCGAUCCACAAACAGACGGAACUGAAAAAAUUCUCUGGCGAGACGUUGGCUGUCGAUGCCUACGGAUGGCUUCAUCGCGGCGCCGUCUCCUGCGCCUUGGAGCUGGCACAGGGGAAGCCAACGCGAAGAUAUGUUGACUUUGCCAUGCACCGGGUGAGGAUGGUCAAGCAUUUUGGUGCAGUCCCCUAUCUGGUUUUCGAUGGGGACUUUCUGCCUAGCAAGGCCAUGACCGAAUCCUCACGUGCCAAGCGCCGCGAAGAUAGCAAAAAGGCCGGUAUGGAGCUUCUCAAGGCUGGUAAGCCUGCGCAAGCCUACCAAGAGUUCCAGAAGGCCAUCGAUGUGACCCCUGAGAUGGCUCGCAAUCUUAUCGAGGAGCUCAAGAAGGCCGACCUGCCCUAUGUCGUAGCCCCUUAUGAGGCCGACGCCCAGAUGGUCUACCUGGAGCGCCACGGCUAUGUCAGCGGCAUUAUAUCGGAGGAUUCGGACCUACUCGUAUUUGGCGCCAAGCGCCUGCUCACCAAACUUGACCAGUACGGCCAAUGCAUCGAAAUAAACCGCCGCGACUUCUGUUCCGUCCGGGAGAUCUCCCUCACCGGAUGGACCGACGCCGAGUUCCGACAGAUGGCCAUAUUUAGUGGCUGUGACUAUCUGGAUGGCCUCAGCGGCAUGGGCCUGAAGACGGCUUAUCGGAUGAUCCGGAAGCACAAGACCCCGGAGAAGAUCAUCAAGGUGAUGCAGUUUGAGGGCAAGCGUCGCGUCUCGGAGAACUACCUCGCUUCCUUCAAGCAGGCCGAGAUCACCUUCCUUCACCAGCGAGUCUACUGCCCGGAGAAGAAGCAGCUCGUCCUCCUUACUGAACCAACCUCGGGGCUGGAUGUCGAGGAAAUGCCCUUCAUCGGCGGCAAGGUUGAUCCCGAGAUGGCUCGGGCGAUCGCGGUUGGAGACGUCAAUCCCAUAACAAAAGAGCGCAUCAUACUGCCGGCAGCAGUCGCGCCUUCAGGACGUCGGAGUCUUGGCGCCACAGCACCAGCACCGGCUCCGAGCAGACCGCUGUCGAAGCCCAUCGACACGUACUUCAGCAUAGGCCACCAACGAAUCCCAAUGGGCGAGAUGGACGCCAACUGCUUCACAGUUGAUCCUCAACAGGUAGCUGCUCUCACGGACCAUGGGCUGGUUCCGCGUGUGUUCCCUCUGCCUCGACCCUAUCUCGACGAGGCUAGGGACGCCGCCCCUUCCGGUAUCCCGCGACCUUACCGGGCGGGGCCGCAACUGAACCGUCGGCGUACCGAGCCUAUUUCGAGCCUGCUUGGCAUGGAAGCGCCGUCUGCAGCAAACCGUCGGCGCACUGCGGGACCACCCGUCAGAACAUCAGACGACGCAGACUUGGUUGACGCAUCGCCGUCUCCUCGUAAGAAGGCGCGGCUCUGCGGCGAUGAUGCAUCUGCCGGUGCAGCUAGUGCUUCCCCUUCGCGCCGGAGCAAGUUUUUCACGAAGAAAACGACGACGCCAAAGAAGCUCAAGAGGAGGAGCGCUCCAGGGUAUCUGAUGUCGGACGACUCCAUCGACGAUGUUCUCCUCAGUCUGCCCGAGUUCGGAUCGUUCAAUUCGUCACAAUCUGCCAAGCCGAGAAAUUCUAUGCCGGUCUUCAUGGACAGUCCCGAAAAGGGGACGAUGAGCCCUGAUGUUGUGACAGGAACGCCCAUCAGGCGUUUGGACAGCGACAACAUCGAGGUCCUCGCCAGCUCCCCUUUCCGGCCUGUAACCGAACCUGCCGAGAAGGAGGCAGCUCUUGUGGACACCGAAAAUGACCAGGGCGACUCGAGUAAGAUUCGUGCGGCCCUGGAUCAGUUUGCCUAUACGCCAGGGGCCCCUGCCCCCACAAAUGGAGGAACUAAGAUGGCGUUCGGACUCCCGACUCCAUCAUCCAGCAUCGUGGGGACAUCAGACGACCGACCGACCAAGAUGACUCUCGGACUUCCAACUCCCGCCUCGAGCGUUGCUAGUAGCGCCGGCCUAUCGGCCGCAGCGGCGCUCAAGAAACGUGGGCCUUCGGCCUCAGGGACGCCCAUGCUCACUCCACUACAGCGCAUCGGCGCCAACGCAAUAGGCCGACGGAAAGUCAGUGCCCCAUUGGCUGUGUCGCCGGAUGGGAAAGCACAGGAGCGGCAGAGCAAACGGAGGGUAUCUGGACGCGUCGGUCCGCGGAGGAGUCUGCCGGCAGCACCGCCCGUCAAUCCAUCCUUUGUGCCCUUGCCCAGGGUUGACCUUGACGAAGUGGACGCACUGAACCGACCUCAAGGGACCGAGGACCAGAUCAUCCCCGAUAGCGACGAAGAGGACGACGAACCCCUGUCUCCUGGCUUAUCGUCGGGCCGGAACAUGAACUUGGCUAGGUUUCUCUACCGCUGACAUUAUUCGUAUCAUUUACAAGGUUUGAAGACUUUUUUUUUUGCCUUUCUUUCUGGGUAUGUCCCAGGGUUGAGAUUAUCCCGUUCCCUCCGUUCGCAUGUAUACCCCUAUUGUUGUAUUGUAGCAUCAGGUGGCGAUUACAAGGCGUCCUGCACAUCUCGGGUGCGCUUUUAUGUUCUGGCAGUCUUCUUCAGAACUUUAUACAUUCGUCACGGCCUUUUAGACUCACCUUGGCCUUCUUCGUGUCAGGUGCCUUUUGCACACGUCAAAUUCACCAGACCCUAUUUUCCUGAGCGUAUGGCAUGGGCCACUUUGAAACGACUACUCUUGGGUUUGGGAUCAUCGGUUUGGGGCGUACGGCGCAUGUAGAGGAAAACAUCACAUGCAUCCCAGGCAUGGGGCUGUUGUUAGUGUCAUGAGAGCAUUCAAUCGUUGCUGAAGA